AUGGGGUACCUGCCGUCCUCCCUCGGCAGCAAGGCGGCGCACUUCGUGUCCGACCUCACCACCGUCAUCCUCAACCCCGUCUCCGAGCGCGAGCCCUCCCACCUCCCCGAGGCGGACGAAGAGCAAGAAAAAUCAGAAGACGACAAAGAUUCUGACCAUAAUUCUGAUAACCCUGAUGGCCCCGAUACAUCUUCGUUUAGAGCAUUCAUGAUCUCAUUUUUGUCGCCGUCUAGCUCUUUUAACGAUUCAAGGGAGAUAAUCCCCGAGCAGAGUGAAGAAAUGGGAUACCCAACUUUAACACCAGUUGGGAAGGCAACCAAGGGAAAGACAGGCUUGCUAAGCAGAGGGAAGCAUUCCAUUGGAAAAAUCAUUAAUAAAGCGGCUAGGAUGAGCGGUUUCAAACAAAACUCGGAACCUAAAACUGACAAAGAGGUGGCGAGUCAUGCUGAAUCAGCUGCACCUGCAUUGGAGCUCGAAGGACCAAAUGAAGUUAACUCCCUGACCAACAUGCCAGCUAUGUCAGAGCCAUCUGUCCUUUUGUCAGAAACAAUGCGAUCCACUCUUUAUUCCUCUCUUCCUAUUCUGGCCCAAGGAAGGAGCUGGGUUUUGCUAUACAGCACAUGGAGGCAUGGAAUAUCUUUGUCUACUUUAUAUAGAAGGAGUUUGCUGUGCCCUGGUUACUCACUCCUGGUAGUUGGGGACAGAAAGGGGGCGAUUUUUGGUGGUCUAGUUGAGGCUCCAUUACAGCCAACUAGCACAAAGAAGUAUCAGGGUACCAAUAACUGCUUUGUUUUCACUAAUUUACACAGCGAUCCUGCUAUAUACCGGCCAACAGGUGCCAAUAAGUAUUAUACUGUGUGCUCUGCUGACUAUUUGGCACUAGGAGGUGGAGGUCAUUUCGCACUUUAUCUAGACUCAGACCUUUUGAGUGGUUCAAGUUCAAAUUCGGAGACUUUUAACAACCAGUGUCUGUCACAUUCUCCAGACUUUGCAGUUAAAGACGUUGAGCUAUGGGGCUUCGUCUAUCCUUCAAGGUACGAAGAGAUGCUCAAGCUCUGCCGUACUGAGAAGCCAGGGUGUGCAGGACCAUGGUAG